AUGUGUUUGUGGCUUAUAACUGCUUGCUUGGGCUUAUUGCCUUCAGGCUCUGUACCUCCCGGUACAAUUGUUGUUGUGGGUGUACCUACUCCAAUACUUCAACCUACUACAGCGGCUACGACAGCAGCUACAACAACAACUACUACUAUGCGUCCUACAAGUGCAAUGACAAUGGCGCCUCCAUCUCCUACGAUGCCAGCACCCACGACUACGACAACACCACCGGCUCCGCCUCCAACUACGACAACGACAGCUGCGCCCACAACUAUGAGAACAACAGCUGCGCCCACAACCACAACAACAACCAUUGCACCGACAACUACAACAACAACAGCUGCACCCACUACAACCACGGCAAGACCUACAAUGAGUGGUAACAACCCUCCACCUUUACCACCCCCGACCAUUGUUUCACUAACAACCGUAACAGCAACCAUGUCUAGUACUAGUUCAGCAACUAACAUUACUCCCAUACCAAGAACAGUCGAAACUAACCCCUCAACUACACCAGGUGGACUGCUUUUACCUGUUUUACUAUGUAACAACCCUGAUGUGAUUUGUAUAUCUAAUCCUGAUGAUAAUACUUCAGGCCAGCUCCAGAUUGACCCAAGACUCGGUACAACUCCGGCGCCUUUCGCUGCGCUACAAGAUCCUUCCAUAAACGGCUACAGUGGCCAAGUUCCAUCCUAUGACAACGCUGUUAAAUUUCCCAGAGAGCGCCGAAGUCUAAAUAUAAAGAAAUUAAACAGAAAUAUUUUCCCAUUAUUUGAGAAAUAUUCAAGUAACAAUAAUCACAGGAUCCGUAAAAGGCAAAGCUGUCAAUGUGUACCUGCAGGUACAUGCACAAAAACUACAAAUGGUGCUGGUUUGAUUGAUUUUAGAAUCGUGAAUCCAACGUCGCCUUGUCCGACCGGUCAAGAAUAUUGUUGUGGCAGUACUACAACAAGUACAUCUACAAUUUCUUGCGGUACCUUACAGACGGUACCAACUACAGCAGUCACGCCCGCUGCAGGUCAAGCUAACUUCGGAGAAUAUCCGUGGCAGGCUAUUAUUCUUACAAAGCAAAAUGAUUAUAUCGCAGGAGGAGUACUUAUAGAUCAAGUUAAUAUUUUAACCGUCACACAUCGAUUAUCGUCUUACAUCGUUUCAGGGACAGCCCCGAAUGUUAAAGUACGAUUAGGAGAAUGGGACGCCGCAGGCACCUACGAGCCGGUGCCUUUCCAAGAAUAUACUAUUGCAAAAGUCUUCUCUCAUCCUUCCUAUAAUCCCAAUAGCUUGCAAUAUGAUAUAAUGGUAUUGAGACUAUCGUCUUCAGUACCUAUAACGCCUAUGAGUGGUUCUGCCACAACUAUUAACCGGGCAUGUCUUCCGCCAUCGUCAACGUCUUCUUAUACAGGUCAAAGGUGUUGGGUAGCAGGGUGGGGUAAGGACAUGUUCGGUCUUCAGGGGCAAUAUCAACAGAUCUUGAAGAAAGUAGAUGUACCAAUUGUAGCAUCGGCUACAUGUCAAACCCAAAUGCAAGCUGCCCGCCUUGGUUCCACUUUUGCUCUUGAUACUACGUCUUUUAUUUGUGCUGGAGGCGAGGCUAAUAAGGAUUCUUGUACGGGUGAUGGAGGAUCUGGCCUUGUGUGUCAGGUGAAUGGGCAGUGGGUGCUGGUAGGGCUGGUGGCUUGGGGUCUCGGCUGUGCCAACGCUAACGUGCCAGCCGCCUACGUCAAUAUUGCGGGGUUACUCCCUUGGAUCCAGCAGCAAGUUGCAACAGCU